AUGUAUCCCAAGCAUUCAGCGGCCUGUUCAUGGCAACCAGAUAGCCAGUUGUCAAAUACAAUAGCACCCAAGUGGAACCUACAAACAGCAAAGGAAAGUCAAGAGCACGAAGAUACAAUUAAAAAACUCGAAUCUAAAUUAAGGAAACUCAAACAGCGGCCUAAUAAUCACUACUCAUACAAACGGAUGCCAGAAGCAUCACAGUCUAUACUAUCAUCUGAAUCUGAUAUCGAGGAUAGCAUUGAUUCGGAUGGACAGGCUGAAGAAGAGCAAGAAGAGGGACUACCGCUGCUAUGGAAGAGCAGGUCCACCGCGCUUGAAGACAUACCCAAGAAGACAGAAGAUCAAUACAACCAUGCAUGGCCAUUUAUAACUUGCUGUUUUAACUGCUAA